AUGGGAAAUGAAGAAAGUAAAUCAAAGAGGUUGGAUAUUAUAAAUGAUGAAUCGGUCAUUGGAAAUGACGUUCAUAUUCAUAACAAGGUCAGAUCGAAAUCUACUCCUCCUCUGUCAUCAAUUCACAAAGGUGUAGCUAAUAAGGAUAAUCAUCAUCAUCAUCAUAAUCAUCAUUCUACACCAUCGACACCAAAUGCAACCGAUAAUAUUACAGAACUCCACAAUACCAAUACCAAUCAACUAUCAAUGAGUGAAGAUGCAGAAAUCAUGACAGACGACGAGUCAACAUAUAGUAUCAAUUCUUCAACCAAUGAAUUACCCGAACCUCAACAACCAUCUUCAACUCAAGUUCCACCAACUCAACAACAACCUCAACCAACACCUAAUAUUAACAAUAUAAAGACAAAAUCACAAAGUCUAGCUGAACCUGGUUCAAGUGGAAGUAGUGCUGCAAAUGGUAAAUCGUCUUCCUCAUCAUCAUCAUCAACGACAACAGGUAGUAAUGGUGAUUAUACAAAUACAUCAAUUAGUAAUACAUUAGACAAGAAUAACUCUGAACUAAGUGUAAUGUUGAAAUCAUUACAAAUCAUUGAAAAAGGAAGAUAUAGUUCAUUUAUUAAAUGUGUCAUAUUGGGUUCAAAUGGAGUUGGUAAAACAUCAUUUAUGAGAAGAUUUUCAUCUGGAGAAUUUGAUCCAGAAGAGACAACUACGAUUGGUGCAAUUAGAACAUUACACGAGAUUCAUUACAAUACAUUAUCAUUGUCAUUGGAGAUUUGGGAUACUGGAGGUCAUCCAAGAUUGUCUGGAUUACUACCAUUCUAUCUUAAAAAUUGUAAUUGUAUCAUUGUAAUGUUUGAACUUGGAUCGAUCGAUUCAUUUUAUAAAGCAAUCUCUACUAUUUCAAAAACAAAGAAAAUGGUUCCAGAAGGUACAUUUUUCUUAUUGGUUGCAAAUAAAGCCGAUUUAUCAACACAAAGAGCAGUAUCAGAUGUUAAAAUAUCAAUGGCAUGUUCAGAAGCAGAGAUUGGAUGUUGGUGUGAGAUAUCGGCGAGAACAGGAUAUAAUAUUCAUGAACCAUUCCAUAUGAUAUCGCGGCACAUAAUUACAAUGGUCAAUGCACUUAAAAAUAAUCAUCAAAUUGAAAAACUGUACACUUCGACGAUGAUGGGUGGUAGAAAGACAUCGCAUACCGACGUGGACUCACUUUCCAUCCUCACGUCUCGCGACAUGUCAUUGAUUAAAAACAAUAUGUAUUCAUGUGUUGAACGGUCGUUUAAACCAAACGCAAACUCUGAUUUGCCAUUGAUGGUCGUCCUUAAGCUGGAUGUACUCAAAAUCAUAAUCGAAGAGACAAAUGGCAACAUUUUCAACAAAUUCCUUUCAAAACGAACCAUUCAAUUUAAAGAGUCGACAUCAGCAGCAGCAUCAUCUCUAUCAUCAUCCACUUCAUCAUUGUCAGUUUCAACCGAUCAACAACCACCACCACAACCACCACAACAACCAUCACCAAACAGUUCACAGACAUCCUACGAUGGAUCAUAUUCGGCUGGCAGCAGCGCCACCGGAUCAGGUGAGUUUAACCAACCGAAUCCACCACCCUCUGAAUACAAAGGUCACUUUUGUUUGGUCAUUGAUAAAUAUCACCCAAAGAGAAUGGAAAUCAAAAGAUUGACUUCACCAAAUUCAUCUCCUAUCCUCUCUCAACCCGAAAGAUAUGAUAUGGUUUUCAUUUGUGAAUAUAGAGAUCAUCUUGUAAAAACUUUUAAAACUAUUUGUUCUGCAAAUGUUCCAAUUAUUGAAGGAACAAAAGGAGGAGAUAGAAAUGAUUUUUUAUAUACAGUUAAAGAAUACCUUAGGAUGAAUCAAAAGGAAAUUGAUCCAUUGAUAGAAUACCAAAUUACCAAUACAACUUCGACACAAACAUCAUUUGACAAGUUGGAUCUAUCAAAACUAUUAAAAGACGAGAGACAAAUCAUGGCAAUUUCAAAGGCAUUGGAUUGGAAUGGAUCCAUUACAAAGCUAGACCUUUCAUUUAACCAAUUUGAUCUACUAGACGCCAAAGUAUUGAUAGAUCUAUUCAAUGCAAUUUCAAACUCUACUUCAAUCAUUCACUUGGAUCUUUCAAAUAAUAAUAUUGGUUCUUCAAAACAUAAAAAUCUUUUAAUUGAAUUUAUUAAACCAUCAUUAAAAUUACAAACAUUGAUAUUAAAUUCAAAUGAUUUAUGUAGUACUACUAAUCUAAUAUCACAAUCUUUAUCAUUCAAUACUGAAUUGGUAACACUUGGAUUAUCAAACAAUGGAUUAAAGAAUUCAAAUGCUCAAUCGAUUUCUCAAAUGUUGCAAUCCAACAAGACCAUGGAGGUAUUGGAUCUUUCAAAUAAUUCCAUUGAAGAAGAAGGAGCAUUAUUCCUUUUGAAAGCAAUGGAAGUUAAUACUACACUAACUAAAUUACAUUUACAAGGAAAUAAGGGUAUUUCAUCAAAAACUAUGACUCUUUUACCUUAA